CUCGCUCACAGACCUCUCAAAGCAAACAAAAACUGCAGCUUCAAGUAAAGAUCAUGAGUUCCCAAACGCAGAGGUUUUGGAAACAAGUGUGAUAAAAUCAGUCUUAGAAGACAACAAACUACAGUAACUCUCUCUCUCAAAAAAAGUUGUUACAGAACGUACAAUAAUCACCAAGCUGCUCCAUCUCUGCUGCACCUUCGAUUCUGUUGACUGCGCCACAUCACUACUCAACGGCGAGUUCGGAUCGGUGCCGGUGAUAAGUGAACCGGACUCAACCGGUCUCUCGCCGCUGCACGCCGCUGCAACUGCUAACGCGGCGCGUUGUGUGGAAAUGCUUCUGGAAAAACAAGCUCGUACGGAUUUGGAGAGCAGAGAUGGACGCAGACUGUUACCUCUGGAGCUGUCCUUGUGUAACACCAGAAAGGAUCUGAUUUGGGAUCUGGAUGACAAUUCAACCAUUGAAGACUUGGUUGUUCAAAUUAGUGAAAAGGAUUUAACUACACUAAAACUUCUUGCUGACAAAACGGAGGAAAUCGGUGACGUGGCAUACAGAAUGGCGGAAUCAGGGCGUGUGGUUGAUUUAGCUGCUCUUUUGGUAGUGGCAGCAGAUAAAAUAAAUGAAUCGAUUUUACCGGUGCGUGAUGCUGUUUUGGAUUGUAAAGAGAAGACCACAAUUUACGAGGCUGUGAUUAGAGAGGCAUUGGCACUUGGCGGCCCUACGCCGUCGUUGAGGGUAGCUAAAAGGGUAACAGUUCUAAGCGAGAGUGAGCGUGCUGAGAAAAGGAAACUCUUGCUCUACGAGAUUGAGUUGCUUCAGCUCUUUGGUGCUGUGGGUCUCGGAUGUUGUACGGACAGGAAGUUACCGUCACCGUUAAUCCGUGCUGCACAGGCUGGAGAUGAAACCAUUAUUGAGUUGCUUCUGAAGACUAACAUAGACUUAAAUGAUGUCGAUGCUGACGGACACUCUGCUCUUCAUUGGUGUCUCAAGGCAUAUAAGCAAUCAUGUCCUCAGCAGAUGAAGUCUCUCUCUCACACACGCACAAGCACAGGCACAGGCACAGGCACACGCGCACGCACGCACGCACUCUGGUUUUGCUGAACU